UAGUACUCUGCACGGUGAGGAACUCCGGCGUGCCCACCUGUUAUCCCAGGACGAGACCGCUCGAUUAUCAUCCACCACGCAGGAGAAAUCGUAAUCGACGAGCCCUUGAGCGAGCACCGCGACCGAUUAUCCCGCACCUGGAGCACCGGAAGUUGCGUUGUUACGAUCGGCUCUCGGCGAGGGAAGUUCGACCCCGAUCCGUCGUCAGGACUCCGCCGUUCCCCGCCACCUUCUUUGCGUUGUUUUUUUUCCGGCGAGGAAUUUUUUCUGUGAAGAAGACAGUUCGACUUCGCCCGGUGUAUCAACCUCGGCCACCUCCCGAUUCGAAAGAUAACUUUACUCAAGAAAAUGGUUUUCAUCAAGAUUCUGAUGUCCUUCUUUCUAAUUACUAUAACGAGAAGUCAACCACUGUCGUACAACACUUACGACGAAAGAGAAUUGUCCCGGGAACGAGCGCCAUUUUUGCUCCUAAUCAAUCAUCGGAUUCCGGACUUGGAGAACGAGAUGUUCGACUCGAGUAACGAUCCUGGAUCAACGCUGGUCAGGACAAAGAGAAUUGGAUCCUUGUCAAUUGUGAACAAUUUGGACGUGCUGCGGCAGAGAGUGCUUUUAGAGCUGGCUCGGCGCAAGGCGAUGCAAGAUCAACAGCAAGUCAACGCCAACCGUCGUCUGCUGGACGUGAUCGGCAAGAGAUCAUUGCCCCUGUUCACCGAAGGCAUGAACAAGCCCAUUUCGAGAACGAGGAACGGGAUCGAGUUCACGAUUGAUCAGGAAGAAAAAAACCAAGAUCGAAGUACCGCGCCGGAAAAACUUCCGGGAAGACUGGAUGACUGGCUUCAGGUGAACGACGGCACUUUUCGAGAAAGACACGACGAUCAGACACGAAGGGUGCAGUCGAACGAAUUGCGUUUACUGUAAUCAACCCGAAGAAAACUAUGGAUUCACAAUCAACACUCGCUAUUACGGUUUUUUAACUAACAACACGAUUAACAUAUAGUUUGUGUAUUUAUUCGUCACAUUCCUCAUGUUUUACCAUAGACCCAUAUACUUUGUGGCAUGCAAGAAUCAUGAUUUAAAUACAGUUUCAUCCCCUGCUCCAGCUAUCCUGCAAAUUACUCGCGUACCGAGCACGAGGCGACCUGUGCCAAUAGUUCUCAAUAGCUCAGGAUAUUUAAGAAAACUGUAAAAAUAUUCCAGUAUUUCUCUUUCUCAGUUCGCCACUUAGCUAGAUUAAUUUUACGACGCCCGGAAAAGGAAAAUAAUAGAAACGACACACACGAAUCUCUUUAGCCACGUAUGAGAAAGCUCGUGACAAGAGUUUACGAUCCGACGUUCAAGCCUGUACUUCAUUAAUUUUCUAUGUUUUCCUUUUCGAUUACGUGGAAUCCUGUAACAGAACAGUAUUAUGUGUUGUGAUCUUUUCCAAGUCUGUCUAAUGAAUGAAAACAACCCUCACAUAAAAGGCAUCCGACGUACAACUUUUUCAUGUAACUUAUUGUAGAUGUUACUUCAUGUUAAUGUUAAGUUUUGAGAGCAUAACGACGGCGAUACUACAAUGUAUUUUAUUGUAAUUAUUUAACGGUGACAGACAUUCCAAAAAUCAAUUGCCAAGGCAUGAAAUAGUAAUAGGGAAAUGUACCUACUUGCUGUACAAUAACUGUUUUUUAGAUACUUAUAUGUUUACUUGUUUAUUUGUAAGAAGGUUUAAAUGUUGUAUGUAAAAGGAUGAAUUGUACACCUAAUGCAAUGUGAUUGUUACUUUAGCAUUGAUAUUUGAUUUUCACUUUUACUUUCGAAGAGAUUUCUUUCACUCGUAUGAACCAUAUGUGUAUUUAAAAAUAAAUGUUUCAAACAAAUAUAUUUACCUAAGCAUCUUGUGUAUGUAAAAGGUUUCUUGCUUGAAUAUUAUUUUCAAUUUAUGUUAAUGCUAUUACGAAUACAAUCCUUCACAUGUACAGUAUCCUUAAAAAGACUGUAUUUCAGUCAGGUAAUGCACCAAAGAAAUACUGUAUUAUGUGCAAAUCAAUGAUUCCUUUUCUACGUGUUACAAAUGAGUAUGUAUACUAUGUUUAAAAAACGCUUGCCCCUACAAAUUACACGUAUACACAUAUUAUAUCCGCGUAAUUCAUCGAAGCGUAAAUUGUUUUCAAAUUGUACGAAUUUUAGUCUUAAGUAUUUUUAUGCAGUGUUAAAAAUAUGGAAAAAAAAUAAAUAUCAUCAAGUAAAUAUAA